AUACACUUUCUCUUUCUAAAAAUCUCCCCUUUCUCUCUCUAUAAACAUCUCUCUCUGUAAUUUCUAUUUCGAGAAGGUUUCUUAGGGUUAAAUACGAUGACAACUGUGAUAAAAGGGCAUACAAAAGCAUAACAAUCAUCGUCUUCAUCCGGAACAGCACGGUUUUUGUUGCGAUCCCAAUAUCGAAAUAGUAGCACUUUUUCCGAGGGUAUAGAAAUUUGCUUUGGUAGUUGGUUUAAUUUGGGGGUUUUAUGCACAAUCAAGAACAAACAUGGCUGCGGGUACAGAAUUUUCUCCGGCUUAUGCAAUGCUAGAAGGUGGUUUCAACAAUAUCGUGUCUAAAGACGAGAUUUCACAGAAUUCAGAUCGAUUGAAACACAUGGCGAUUCGUAAACCUCCAAGGCAUCUUUCCGUCGUUCGACAUAGUAUGAGCACAGCAACUCUGCUAGCGCCCACAAAUCCGGAUUUUGGCAUCGGGAUUGUUGCUGUUGCUGUGAAGUCUACAACAGAUGGGAAUUCUGAAUUCUUGCCUGUGAUCCGAUCAGGAAGCUGUGCAGAAAAAGGACCAAAACAAUACAUGGAAGACGAACAUAUAUGUAUAGACAACCUUCUUGAUUACUUAGAUCAACCAGAAGGUUUCCCUUCCCCUGGAGCUUUCUAUGGCGUUUUCGAUGGACAUGGUGGCACAGAUGCUGCAUCAUACGUUAGAAAGAACAUAUUAAAGUUCAUCAUCGACGACCCCCAAUUCCCUAUUUGCUUAGAAACAGCAAUCCGGAAUGCUUUUGUGAAAGCCGAUCAUGCAUUCGCCGACACAUCUUCUCUCGACAUCUCAUCGGGAACCACCGCGUUGACUGCUCUCAUAUUCGGAAGAACGGUGGUUGUUGCAAACGCCGGCGAUUGUAGGGCGGUGUUAGGGAAACGAGGACGAGCGAUUGAACUCUCAAAAGACCAUAAACCGAAUUGCCCAUCGGAGAGGUUACGAAUCGAAGAACUCGGUGGCGCCAUCUACGACGGAUACCUAAACGGCCAGUUAUCAGUGGCUCGAGCGUUAGGAGAUUGGCAUAUGAAAGGUCCGAAAGGUUCUGCUUGUCCGUUAAGUGCAGAGCCGGAGUUGCAGCAGAUCGUGUUGAGUGAAGACGAUGAGUUUCUUAUAAUCGGUUGUGAUGGUUUGUGGGAUGUGAUGACGAGUCAAUGUGCAGUGUCGAUUACGAGGAAGCAAUUGAUGAUUCAUAACGAUCCAGAGAGAUGUUCGAAGGAGCUUGUUCGUGAAGCUUUGAAGAGGAAUACGUGUGAUAAUUUGACGGUGGUGGUGGUUUGUUUUUCGCCGGAGCCACCGCCGAGGAUUGAGAUACCUCAAACGCGAGUCAGGAGGAGUAUAUCGGCGGAGGGGUUGAAUUUUCUCAAGGGUGUAUUGGAUGGUAACUCAUGAAACAGGCGGUGGUAGGCGGAGGUUCCAUGAUUGAUUAUGUUCGGAAA